AAAGGUUCCACCGAGCCGUCAGAGUGGUGCUACUUUCAUAAAGCAUGUUGCUCCGCUCCAUCAGCGCUUCCAUUGGCCGCGCUCGCCGCUUCUCGGCGGCUGCGGAGGUGGAGAAGGCAAUGACGACAGGUGGCGGAGCCACCAAUAACUCAGGCGGCGGCGGAAGAGACACGCUGGGCCGGAGGCUUAUGAGCCUGGCGUACUCAAAACGCAGCGCCGUCAUUGCCAUUCGUAAAUGGAUGGAAGAGGGCCACACGGUCCGCAAGUACGAGCUCAAUCGCAUCGUCCGCGAGCUCCGCAAGCUCAAGCGCUACAAACACGCCCUCGAGGUAUGUGAAUGGAUGAGAUUACGGCAAGAUAUCAAACUGCUACCAGGUGACUAUGCUGUCCACUUGGACUUGAUUGCAAAAGUUCGUGGUCUAAAUAGUGCAGAAAAGUUCUUUGAGGAUCUUCCUGAUCGGAUGACAGACCACCCCACCUAUUCGGCUCUUCUCCAUGUCUAUGUCCAAAACAAAUUGUCUGCCAAAGCUGAGGCUCUAAUGGAGAAAAUGUCAGAAUGUGGUUUCUUGAAGAGUUCCUUUCCUUACAACCACAUGCUUUCUCUGUAUAUCUCAAAUGGGCAGCUAGAGAAGGUUCCUGGAGUGAUUCAGGAGCUCAAGAAGAACACCACACCAGAUGUUGUUACCUACAAUUUAUGGUUAACCGUCUGUGCUUCCCAAAAUGAUGUUGAAACUGCAGAACAAAUUUUCCUUGAGCUAAAGAAGGCAAAAAUAGAUCCGGAUUGGGUUACGUAUAGUACACUAACCAACUUGUAUAUUAAAAAGGCACUCCACGAAAAAGCGUCACAUACUUUGAAAGAGAUGGAGAAGAAGGCUUCUCGGAAAAAUCGAGUUGCAUAUUCUUCUCUCCUUAGUUUGCAUACAAAUAUUGGGGACAAGGAUGGAGUUUUUCGAAUCUGGAAAAAGAUGAAAUCGUGCUUUCGCAAAAUGAACGAUGCUGAAUACACUUGCAUGUUAUCCUCACUUGUGAAACUUGGGGAGUUCGAAGAAGCUGAGAAACUCUAUAGUGAGUGGGAGUCAGUUUCUGGGACUGGUGAUGCUAGGGUUUCAAACAUACUUCUUGCAGCUUACAUCAACCGAGACCAGAUGGGAAUGGCUGAAAACUUUUACAAUCGAAUGGUAGAAAAAGGCAGUACUGCUUGUUACACUACUUGGGAGCUUCUUACAUGGGGUUAUCUGAAAAAGAAGCAGAUGGACAAGGUUUUACAUUAUUUCACCAGAGCUGUUGGUAGUGUGAAAAAAUGGGAUCCUCAUGAAAGGUUGGUCAGAGAAAUGUUUAAGAAGCUUGGGGAGCAAGGCAACGUUGAAGGGGCAGAGCAAUUAUUGGUCAUUUUACGAAAUACUGGCCAUUUGAGCACUGAGGUAUAUAACUGCCUGCUACAAGCUUACGCAAAAGCUGGUAAGAUGCCACUUAUAGUAGCAGAACGCAUGGCAAAGGACAAUGUUCAGUUGAAUGGGGAGACUCAUAAGCUCAUAAAAUUAACUAGUAAAAUGUGUAUCAGUGAAGUUUCUAGCACCUGUUCUUAGCUGAAAUUCAGUGGAAGAAUUCAUAUUUUGCUAAGGUUUU